AAUAAAAUGAGAUUUAUUAUAAAAUACUAGUGUGAUCCUUGAGCUUGAUGAGUUUUGGCUAACUUCACAAUAUCUGGAAGUCCAUACAGUAUGAACCAACAGAAUACACUGUUACUUAACAACAAACUCAUUCAGUUUACCGGCAUUGUUUCGUUAAACAAGUUCAUUUAAACAUCACAGAAACAACGGGUAGCGAGUGUGUCCCAUUCCUGAAGAAAACCAGCGAAUAACUGACUUGUCUGCAUCACCCGUUGGCACACGGCACUCAUCCGUUGCAAGAAUGUGCCCUCCACCAGUACACCCAUCCUCUAAGGGACCAAGAAGCUGAUACACCAUGAAUCUGGCAACACAGGUGGGAAAAUCUCCAGGAGAAUCCUGAAUAGUAAAAUUCCUACUCUGAAGGAGCACACUGGCUAUAUAUUUGGCUGGUGCCUGAGUUUGGGUACCACUGGUAUCUCCGGUGAAUUCAUCAUGACUGGCGGGGCCUGGUUUGGUGGUACAAUCGGAGAUCCUAACAAAAAGAAUAUAUAUCCAAUGGACUCUCGUGUUACUUAAUUUACACCAUUGGUUUGCCCAAUUAACAACUGAUAAAAAUUAACUGACACAUGUAUUUGACCACCAAAGCGUGGAGCCUCCUUUCUCCCCUCCAUCCAGAAGUUCACGCUUUGGCAGACCUGCCUGUCUGCCCAGACGUCUUACUUCCCACUCUUGGCUGUUUCACUGGUAGAGAACCCUUUUGCAAAAGCUGCCUCUGAAUCGCUCGAUCAAAUCAAUCAGACAUACAGUAAGCCUGAUCAGAAAUAAUGGGGUUCAACUCUCCUACACAAUGAUGUCAUCUCUCAGAUCAACAGCAAAACCGAUGGACCCCCUGUGCUGUGGCAAGUGAAUGAGGCUAUGAAAUGGCAUCCGAGCAACAUUAAGGAUCCUCCCCCCUUUACCCUGGAGAGGAAACAUCUAUCAUGCAGCUGGCUCAGUCCAUGGUAUGCGCAAAGCUCUCCUCCAGGACAAAAGAGAGGGGCAGAAACCAAGUUGCUAGAAAGGAGAUGUCUGGGGGAUCACAGCUGAGCGGGAAUCAUCAGAAGUGACACAGCAAAGAACUGAGGAGCAGAAGGAGGAACGGAAAUUGGAAAGUGAGGAUGGAGCAAAGAGACAAGAGGGGAGAAAAAUGCAAAAGCCGGGGGAUGAAUCCAGUGCUUUCUCAGGGAUAUGAAACUAACAUUCAAGGGAGUACUCAUCACUUAAAGGUAACAAGAAUGUCUCCUGACUGCAGUGAAAUCUUAAGUAGCCAAAAAGCCCUGAGCACACAUGGGAGCAGGCAUAUGAGAGAGAAACAAUAUCAGUGCUUGGAGUGUGCAAAGUCCUUCAGUCAUCAUCACCAUCUUACUUCGCAUCAAAGAACUCAUACAGGGGGCAAACCUUAUAAAUGCUUAGAGUGUGGAAAGAGCUUCAGUCAUAAUCAGCACCUUACUAAUCAUCAAAGAAUUCAUACAGGGGACAAACCUUAUAAAUGCUUGGAGUGUGGAAAGAGCUUCUGUCAGAGUGGCAACCUUACUUCACAUCAAAGAAUUCAUACAGGGGACAAACCUUAUAAAUGCUUAGAGUGUGGAAAGAGCUUCAGUCAUAAUCACCACCUUACUAACCAUCAAAGAAUUCAUACAGGGGACAAACCUUAUAAAUGUAUGGAGUGUGGAAAGAGCUUCUAUUACAGUAGUCACCUUACUACACAUCAAAGAAUUCAUACAGGGGACAAACCUUAUCAAUGCUUAGAGUGUGGAAAGUGCUUCCGUGAGAGGUCCCACCUUACUUCACAUCAAAGAACUCAUACAGGGGACAAGCCUUAUAAAUGCAUGGAGUGUGGAAAGAGCUUCAGUCUUAGCAACACCCUCACUAUUCAUCAAAGAAUUCAUACAGGGGACAAACCUCAUGAAUGCAUGGAGUGUGGAAAGUGCUUCAGUGACAGUGGCAACCUUACUAAACAUCAAAGAACUCAUACAGGGGACAAACCUUAUCAAUGCUUGGCGUGUGGAAAGUGCUUCCGUGAGAGGUCCCACCUUACUAAACAUCAAAGAACUCAUACAGGGGAUAAACCUCAUCAAUGUUUGGAGUGUGGAAAGAGGUUCAGUCUUGGCAACACCCUCACUAUUCAUCAAAGAACUCAUACAGGGGACAAACCUCAUCAAUGCUUGGAGUGUGGAAAGCGCUUCUGUACGAGUAGUGCCCUUACUUCACAUCAAAGAACUCAUACAGGGGAGAAACCUUAUCAAUGCUUGGAGUGUGGAAAGAGCUUCAGUCAGAGCAGCAGCCUCACUAGUCAUCAAAGAACCCAUACAGGGGACAAACCUCAUGAAUGCAUGGAGUGUGGAAAGAGCUUCAGUCAGAUCAGCAGCCUCACUAUUCAUCAAAGAAUUCAUACAGGGGACAAACCUCAUGAAUGCAUGGAGUGUGGAAAGAGAUUCAGUGACAGUGGCAGCCUUACUAAACAUCAAAGAACUCAUACAGGGGACAAACCUUAUAAAUGCCUGGAGUGUGGAAAGAGCUUCAGUUGCAGGAAUCGCCUUACUCUGCAUCUUCCCCCAGGCACCUGGUUGGCCACUGUGAGAACAGGAUGCUGGACUAGAUGGGCCACUGGCCUGAUCCAGCAGGCUCUUCUUAUGUUCUUAUGUUCUUAUGUUCUUAAAGAACUCAUACAGGAAACAAACCCUAUAAAUGCUUGGAAUGUGGAAAGAGUUUCUGUCAGAGUGGCCAUCUUACUAAACAUCAGAGAACUCAUACAGGGGCCAAACCUUAUCAGUGUUUGGAGUGUGGAAAGAGAUUUAGUCAGAGUUAUUCCCUUACUUCGCAUCAAAGAAUUCAUACAGGGGACAAACCUCAUAAAUGCUUGGAGUGUGGAAAGUGCUUCAGUGUUAGCAGCACCCUUAAUAAACAUCAAAGAACUCAUACAGGGGACAAACCUCAUGAAUGAUUGGAGUGUGGAAAGACCUUCAAUCACAGUAGCACCAUUGUUCAACAUCAAAGAACUCAUGCAGGGGACAUGAUGGAGAAGAAAAUGGAUUUUUUCUUGUAUAUUCACACAUAUAAACAUUGUUAUAAAAGGUGUGGGUUUAUGAAAUAUAAUAGAAUCACAAGGAGCUAAGGAAUCGAACAAAGAAGGCCACAGGCGUUCUGAUCACAGAAAAGGAAUUCAGUUUGCACUGCCCAGCCCAUGACAGUGAAGCAAGUAUGCCUGUGCAUAUGAUUGAUGACAUAUUGUUGAUAAGCAUGCAAGUAAGGAGAAAAAAGUAACUAUUGUUGGGGGGCUGGUUAGAUCUUCCCAUAGAAAAAAUGAGAGGUUUAGUUAAGAUUAUGGAGAAUUCACAUAUCCUUUUUGUUUGUAUGUUUGCUUUUUUAUAGAUAUAUAAAAUUAAGGAAUAUAUCCAGAGGAUCAUAAAAUCCUAGAAGCCUGUGAGUUAAACCUGGUUAGCAGGCAAGGGUCACGUUCACCUCACUGUGAGUGACUACCCUUAAUGAGUAUAUUGUCCUAAGCAAAGUGCGUAUAAUCUUUUGAUUGAUGUAUUUUUAACUAUUUGAUUUUGGGAAAGCAGAUUAUUAGAAAUUCCUGGUUUUGUAUGCUGUAGAGAAAUGGAAAGUCUUCAUAACAGAAUCAAAGUGGAAGGGAGAUAAAAUUUGAGUUUGACACUGAUUUUUUUAAUAGUAUGUGUAUAAUUUUACUUCCUAAAUAUAAUAAGUGUGUUCUCGAGGUAGGAGGUAUUCUGAGGUGGGUUGUCUUCUUCAUCCCUCUGUGUUUGAUGGAGAGUGGCUGGCUCAGAAUUACCCCUUUUCCUUUACUGUGUUCCCUAAUCACUCAUAUUGUGUGGCUUUUAGUUAUAAUAUGGUGAUUUAAAAAAUAACCUUUCUCUAUUAUAAUUAUAAGUGGAAUUUCAUAUAGAACUUCCAGUCACCCUAAUGGGAACCAAACUUGGCCUUGCAUCAUGGUAUUACUUAAGGAACAUGUUGUAACGUCCUGGGAUGUUCCUGGCCAGCUUGGCUGAUCAGGAGCCAUGAUGGAAUGGAAUGUAUGGUACAUACUGGUCUCAAAACGGGCUAAAAUCAUUAGUAAUGUAUGACAGCAGAAUAGUGGUAUUAUCAGUCAAGGGGACAGAUUGACAUUAAUCUAAGAAGACAACAAGAACAGGAUGGGAGGCACCUGUAAAAUUAUGAAUAUACAUAUAUUCAUUUUAAUAAAUUUAUCUGAUUAGUUGGAAAUAUUUCAAGAGGGAAGAACCGUGAUGUUAUGUGGGAAGGAACUUAUAAGAUUGGUAAACUACUGUCACGUGUAUUUAGUACUGUAUAAAAGAAGCCUGCAAACAGUGUCUCGUUGCAGUCCUCUCCAGACUUUUUGGGGGACUGAUCCUGCAUAUGCUUGUAAAGAAUAAAGGCCUACCUUUUUGAUUCAAGCCUGUGUCCUCAAAUUUUUCAAGGACCCGCACCAAAAGAUCCCAAAGGAGAAAAAUUCUCCAUCAGACAAACCUCAAAAAUGCUUGGAGCAUGGAAAGAGUUUCUGUGAGAGUGGCCAUCUUACUCAACUUGAAAGAGUUCAUACAGGGGACAUAAAUGCUUGGAGUAUGGAAAGUGGUUCAAUGAGAGUAGCAACCUUACUAAAUAUCAAAGAACUCAUACAAGGGACAAACCUUAUAAAUGCAUGGAGUGUGGAAAGAGCUUCAGUCACAGUAGUAAUGGGGAAUUUUUAUAUACAAAUAGUAAGCAAAAUAUAUUCUUUUAGAAACUACAGGGUUUUUAAUAAUAUAAAGGAUAGCAUACCAGGUAAAUGAGCCUGUUCUUGGUGUGCUGUCUUCCCUGCCUGGUGUGCAAGGGUAUCCAGGGUAAUCAGCCUGGAAUGCAAGAGGUACAGCCUAGCUCCAGGAGAUAAGAGGACACUGGUACUGGAUGUCCCUGUACUCCUCAAGGGCCUGAUAGGAAUGAGUACUGGAAUGUAUUAGCUCCUGGUAGAACUGUGCUGGUAUGAAAGUUGCUGAAAAUGUUCUGUUUGGCUUUAAAAAUAAUGUAUACAAUGUAACAUCUAUGUAAUGCUUCUGUAACGCUUA